AUGGACAACAUUUGUCCGAGACGUGAAAACUGCGUUUCUGCAGAGCAAUUGCUAGUACUGCUGACGGAAAUCUACGGCCUGGUGAGCGGCCCCUCCUGGUGGCGCUCCACCUUUCUUCUGCGGACUACCAGGCUCGGCUACAAGGUUUGCCCCUUUGAACCGUGUGUGCUCACAUUACCGGGGACCGAGCCAGCCUCAGCUACGCGAGGAGCCUUGGUAAUAGAAGUGGACGACGUGGUUGAGUGUGGCGAUGACCGUCAUCGCGAAUGCGUGUCCGAGCUGGAGAAGACGAUCAAGUUCGGCAAGUCCAUCAACGUGCAGGAGACAGAGACGAUGUACGCGGGCCGGAGUCUGAAACAGUUGCCCGACUACUCCUUUGAGUUGCACAUGGAGCAGUACGUGUACACCAGGCUGUCCCCGAUCGUGCUCUCUCGCAAGGUGCUUAAGAAGGACGCGGCGUCGGUGGUGCUCAACGAGUCUGAGCAGACGCAGCUGAGGGGCGCCAUCGCGGCGCUCUCCUGGGUGUCACGGGAGUGUCGACCGGAUGCAGCAGCUGCAUCCAGUGCGCUGGCCUCUUCUUUCCCGGACCCAACGGUGGAGACGCUGUAUCAGGCCAAUGACGUUAUCCGACACCUCAAGCAGCACCCGGUGAAACUACGCAUCCACGCCAUUCCCGAGGCAGACGUCCGCAACAUCCUCAUCGCGGACUCGGCGUUUGACACGAGUGGCAAGGAAAGGUCCCAGCACGGCUUCCUUCUCGGCUUCACGGACAAGACGCUAAACGUGGGACAUAGCGCUCCAGUGAGCCUCAUUAUGUGGCGGUCAAAGAGGUUGAGAAGGAAAGCCUCAUCCUCCAUGCUAUGCGAGGCUCUGUCGAUGUCUUCGGCAACCGCGGCUCUGGAGAAGCAAGAUGCCUUGUGG